AUGCAGUUCCCCACGGGCCCCGCCUGCAUCUUUCUGAGGAAAGGCAUCGCGGAGAAGCAGCGGGAAAGACCACUGGGACAAGAUGAGAUCGAAGAGCUCCGGGAGGCAUUCCUGGAGUUCGACAAGGACCGAGACGGGUUCAUCUCUCGUAAGGACCUGGGAAAUCUCAUGAGGACAAUGGGUUACAUGCCCACAGAGAUGGAAUUGACUGAAUUGGGCCAGCAGAUCCGCAUGAACUUGGGGGGCCGUGUGGACUUUGAGGACUUUGUGGAGCUGAAGGCCCCCAAACUGCUUGCGGAAACAGCUGGGAUGAUCGGUGUCCAGGAGAUGCGAGAUGCCUUCAAGGAAUUUGACGCCAACGGCGACGGGGAGAUCACCCUGGGAGAGCUACAGCAGGCGAUGCAAAGGCUUCUGGGGGAGCAGCUCACCGCCCGGGAGAUCUCCGAGGUUGUCCAGGAAGCCGAUGUGAAUGGGGAUGGCACCGUCAACUUCGAAGAGUUUGUGAAGAUGAUGUCUCGCUGA